UGCGAGAGUUAUAACGUAUCUACAUAAUAAGUGAUUGCAUAUAUCAAAAGACAUUAAUUAAACAUUCCCAAGUAAAUAAAUUAAAAAAUACACGAGCACCAACAUGUUUUGCAUUUUGAAAUUUGUGUUAAUAAUUCUAUUAAAUAAAGCGUACGCGACUAUCACGCAAGACAUCGAGAAAAUAUAUCUGCCGGCAUGGAAUCCGACAAGUGAACAGGAAAUACCAUUGACUCUGAAAGUUUUUGGAAAACACAUUCAGUUAAACCUACGUAGAAACGACCAAAUUGUAUCGUCUACGUUUAAAGUGUGGAAACAUGACGCAAAAGGUAUCGUAGAAGAUGCAUUGCAAUUAAACGCAUCGGAUUCUUGCUAUUAUCUUCACAAAGAUCAUAUCAGCAUUGCGGCCAUAAACUUCUGUCAAAAGCAUGGAUGGGAAGGAUUCGUUUUUCUGAAAGACGACACAUUGGAAAUUAAACCUUUGCGAGAUGACUAUGCGUCCUUAAUCGAUGACCUUUGCGUUAAAAAAGAGAUAAAUAUUUCAUUUGGCAAAUCUCACGUAAUUAAAAGAUCUUUGCAUUUAUCUACUAAUUUAACUUUUGAUAGUUUGGAUAAUUUUAAACUAAAGCAACGUUAUGUACGAAAUAUUCAAGAAAAAUUAACUAUAGAACUGGCUGUUUUCCUCGACGAAGCCGCAUAUCGUACCUUCAUGCCUGUUCUGGACAAUGAUGAGAAAAUGUUGAAUAUGUUGAUAUUAGCGUAUGUGAAUAACGUCCAAGCUAUGUUCCAUCAUCCGAGUUUGCUUGUUUCUAUUGAUAUUUCGUUGGUGUAUUUAGAAAUUAUGAAAGAACAAUCGUCAUAUUUGCCAGUUUUUGACGGCGACGAUGAGAAACUGCUCGAUUCGUUCUGUAAUUACGCGAAAAUUCGCAAUCCUCCGGACGACAAUGAUCCGCUUCACUGGGACGUUGGUCUUUAUCUAACCGGAAUAAAUAUUUAUUGGGCAAAGAAGGGCGACAUAGGUACCCUUGGAUUAUCUCACAGCUAUGGCGGGUGCAGCUUAAAUGAAUCGUGCGCGGUAGUAGAAUUUGGUAUUGUCGGUUUUCUGACCUCGGGUUUGUCAUCGUCAAUCACUGCUGCUCAUGAGAUCGGUCAUAUUUUAGGAAUGGAUCACGAUUCAGAACUGUGUGGACCACACGAAUUUAUCUUGUCACCUAUCAGAUAUCGUCAAGGCCAAAUGACAUGGUCCGAGUGUAGUCGUCAUACAGCUUUAGAACUCUGGCAUACAAAACCAUGCUUUCGAGAUCAUACGAAAAAUCUCAUAGACGCAUAUAACCAUUCGCGUUAUCACGACUUACCCGGAAGAGAAUGGACCGCCAAAGCACAAUGCGAAAUAUUUUUUCGCAACAAGGAUGCGAAUGUCGUCUCAUUGCUUGAUAUAUGCAAAUCCUUAGAAUGCGAAACGCCUGACAAGAAUGGGUAUUACUUUACGGGACCAGCGUUGGAAGGCACUUAUUGCGCACCCGGAAAGGAAUGUCGCGGCGAAAAAUGUGUGCCCGUUCUGCAACCGCCUCUCGAGUAUUGUGAAGCAGAUAACUGGAGUGAAUGGAAAGAAGAUACCUGUCGAAGUAGUUGCUUGGAGGAAUCUAAAGGCGUAAGAGUCAGACGACGUUCUUGCAAACAUGGAUUUCACAGAACGGCGAGUUGCGAAGGACCAUAUUACGACGUGGUUCUGUGCAAUGACUCGAUGCUUUGCGCUGAAGAUCGCACGGCAAUCUCCGACUUUGCCGCUAUGAAGUGCAUCGAAAUUAGCAAUAUUAUAAAAGAUUCAGAAUUCGGGAUCAAACUAGGACAACAGCCGGGAUGGCAGAUCGCUCAUAAUGUUAUUGAACCAUCGCAGGCUUGUACUAUAUAUUGCCAACAAAAUGAUUAUGUUGUCAGACCACUACUCUCGCAUUUGCUCCAAUAUGAUUUCGACCCAUACUUUCCAGAUGGAACAUGGUGUCACUAUGAAGGUGGGCAGGAUUAUUACUGCCGACAACAUUAUUGUCUGCCAGAAAGCUACGCUUAAGAAUAAUUAUGGAGAGAAUAUCGACAAGUGUGAACAAAAAUCAAGAAAAAAGAAAAUUAUAAAAUGCACGUAAAUCUAUUUAGAAUUGUUGGUCAAUUUGCUUAAUACCGAAUAUUCAAUCGAUCUGUCUUUGUUGAAAUCUGUUUUGCGUAUUAUUCAUAUCUUGCUUGAUAAAAACGAAUAGACGAAGAAUUACGUUAAAUUAUCUGCCUCUCAUACAAAUUCCGUUUAUUAGUAUUAGUAAAAAUGAGAAGAAAAGAUAGGUAAUAAUUAAAAUGUUUACAAAACGGGAAAAUAAAUUGCUAAACAAAGUAAAGGUGUUUUUACUUUAUAUGAGACAAUGUAUCGAGACAAAGUGAACGAGAACGGUAAAAUACCCCUCG